AUGGGCCCCGGCCCGCAGCGAGCGCCCCGUGCCCCGCGCGCGAUGCUCUACGCGCUCGCCUUGAUGGUGGCGGCCGGCGGACGCAUCGUCUUCACCUUCAACCUGGACACCCGAUUCCUGGUGGUGAAGGAGGCCGGGAACCCGGGCAGCCUCUUCGGCUACUCGGUCGCCCUCCAUCGGCAGACGGAGCGGCAGCAGCGCUACCUGCUUCUGGCUGGUGCCCCCCGGGAUGUCGCUGUGCCUGAUGGCUACACCAACCGGACUGGGGCUGUGUACCUGUGCCCCCUCACGGCCCAAAAAGACGAUUGUGAAAGGAUGGACAUCUCGGAGAAAAGUGACCCUGAUCAUCACAUUAUUGAGGACAUGUGGCUUGGAGUGACGGUGGCCAGCCAGGGCCCUGCAGGCAGAGUCCUGGUCUGUGCCCACCGCUACACCCAGGUGCUGUGGUCAGGGCUGGAGGACCAGCGGCGCAUGGUGGGCAAGUGCUACGUGCGGGGCAACGACCUGGAGCUGGACCCCAGUGACGACUGGCAGACCUAUCACAAUGAGAUGUGCAACAGUAACACCGACUACCUGGAGACUGGCAUGUGCCAGCUGGGCACAAGUGGCGGUUUCACCCAGAACACUGUGUACUUCGGUGCCCCUGGUGCCUACAAUUGGAAAGGAAACAGCUACAUGAUUCAGCGGAAGGACUGGGAUUUAUCGGAAUAUAGCUACAAGGACCCAGAGGACAAAGGAAACCUCUAUAUUGGGUACUCGAUGCAGGUAGGGAGUGCCAUCCUGCACCCUACGGACAUCACUAUUGUGACGGGUGCCCCACGCCAUCAACAUAUGGGUGCCGUCUUCUUGCUGAGCCAGGAGGCAGGUGGAGAUCUGCGGAGGAGGCAGGUGCUGGAGGGCACGCAGGUGGGCGCUUAUUUUGGCAGCGCCAUUGCCCUGGCAGACCUAAACAAUGAUGGGUGGAAGGACCUCCUGGUGGGUGCACCCUACUUCUUUGAGCGGAAAGCAGAGGUAGGAGGUGCUGUCUAUGUCUUCAUGAACCAGGCGGGCACCUCCUUCCCUGACCACCCCUCCCUCCUGCUUCAUGGCCCCAGUGGCUCCGCCUUCGGCUUCUCUGUGGCCAGUAUUGGUGACGUCAACCAGGAUGGAUUCCAGGACAUUGCUGUUGGAGCUCCAUUCGAGGGCCUGGGCAAGGUGUACAUCUACCACAGCAGUUCUGGAGGUCUCCUUAGGCAGCCUCAGCAGAUAAUCCAUGGAGAGAAACUAGGACUGCCUGGCUUGGCUACCUUUGGCUACUCUCUGAGUGGGCAGAUGGACGUGGAUGACAACUUCUACCCGGACCUGCUAGUAGGGAGCCUGUCAGACCACAUUGUGCUGCUACGGGCCAGGCCAGUCAUCAACAUCCUCCACAGGACCUUAGUGGCCAGGCCAGCUGUGCUAGACCCCACACAUUGCACAGCCACUUCCUGUGUGCAGGUGGAGCUGUGCUUUGCCUACAACCAGAGUGCUGGGAACCCCAACUACAGGCGAAACAUCACCCUUGCUUACACUCUGGAGGCUGAUAGGGACCGCCGUCCUCCCCGGCUUCGCUUUGCCCGCAGCCAGUCAGCCGUCUUCCAUGGCUUGUUCUCCAUGCCCGAGACGCGCUGCCAGACACUGGAACUGCUCCUGAUGGACAACGUGCGCGACAAACUUCGUCCCAUCGUGAUCUCCAUGAACUAUUCGUUGCCUCUACGGAUGCCCGAGCGCCCCAGGUUGGGGCUGCGGUCUCUGGACGCCUACCCGGUGCUCAACCAGGCGCAGGCCCUGGAGAACCACACCGAGGUCCAUUUCCAGAAGGAGUGCGGACCCGACAACCAGUGCGACAGCAACUUGCAGAUGCGCGCCGCCUUCGUGUCCGAGCUGCUGCAGCCGCUGAGCAGGCUCCAGUACAGCAGAGACACCAAGAAACUGCUUCUGAGUAUUAACGUGACCAAUACCCCGAGUCCAGAACGGGCUGGGGAAGAUGCGCACGAGGCGCUGCUCACCCUGGAGGUGCCUCCCGCCCUGCUGCUGUCUUCAGUGCGCCCCUCUGGGACCUGCCAAGCCAACGAGACCAUCUUGUGCGAGCUGGGGAACCCCUUCAAACGGAACCAGAGGAUGGAGCUGCUCAUCACCUUUGAGGUCAUCGGAGUGACUUUGCACACAAGGGACCUUCAGGCGCAGCUACAGCUCUCCACGUCAAGUCAUCAGGACAACCUGCGGCCCAUGACCCUGACUCUGCAGGUUGAUUACACGCUCCAGGCCUCACUCAGCAUGGUGAAUCAUAGGCUACAGAGCUUCUUUGGUGGGACUGUGAUGGGUGAGGCUGGCAUGAAAACCGUGGAAGAUGUAGGAAGUCCUCUCAAAUAUGAAUUUCAGGUGAGCCCAGUAGGGGAAGGGCUGGCCUCCCUGGGUACCCUGGUCCUAGGUCUGGAGUGGCCCUAUGAAGUAGCCAAUGGCAAGUGGCUGCUAUACCCCACGGAGAUCACCAUCCACAGCAAUGGGUCCUGGCCCUGCCAGCCUCCUGGAGACCUGAUCAACCCUCUCAACCUUACCCUGUCGGAACCUGGAGAUAAGCCAGCGUCUCCACAGCGCAGGCGUCGACAGCUGGACCCGGGGGGCGGCCAGGGCCCCCCGCCCGUCACACUAGCUGCUGCCAAAAAAGCCAAGUCUGAGACUGUGCUGACCUGUGCCACUGGCCGUGCCCGCUGUGUGUGGCUGGAGUGCCCCAUUCCCGACACCCCCACCAUCACCAACGUGACCGUGAAGGCACGGGUGUGGAACAGUACCUUCAUUGAGGAUUACAAAGACUUUGAUCGAGUCAGGGUAGAUGGCUGGGCCACUUUGUUCCUCCAGACCAGCAUUCCUACCAUCAACAUGGAGAACAAGACCACGUGGUUCUCCGUAGAUAUCGACUCUGACUUGGUGGAGGAACUGCCGGCAGAGAUUGAGCUGUGGCUGGUCCUUGUGUCCGUGGGUGCAGGGCUGCUGUUGCUGGGGCUUAUUAUCCUCCUGCUGUGGAAGUGUGACUUCUUUAAGCGGACUCGCUACUACCGGAUCAUGCCCAAGUACCAUGCAGUGCGCAUCCCAGAGGAGGAGCGCUACCCACCUCCAGGGAGCGCCCUGCCCACCAAGAAGCACUGGGUGACCAGCUGGCAGACUUGGGAUCGAUACUACUGAUGUCCUUCCUGACACCCCACCCAACUUCCCCUUCCUUCCUAUUUAUCAUAAGUUAUGCCUCCAGCAGUCUCCAGGGACCAUGCCUUUAGCUGGCACCAGCAGGCUCAGGUGGACACCCCUCUUCCACGUAGGCAUGUAUUGUGGGGCCAGAGGCGGGCACCUCCUUCAGGACCUUGUGGUGCCGAGGCCCUGCCCUCUGGACAUGUAGGGCCCACUGCUCAUGGCCUGCACUGAUGCAACAUGGAAGAUACAUGCAUCUGUCAUGUCCCAGUCUGUGCCAAAACCAAGCUGAAGGACCUCUGCCAGUGCCGGGAGGAAAAGGUCUUCAAUGUGGUGACACUUCUCCCUCCAGCUGGACCCACUGUGAGCCAUUGUCACUGGACUGACGGACUUUGCUGACCAGAGCAAAACUACUGACACGGAACAGCCGAGCAGGCCCCGCCGCAGCUCCUCUCACCAACGCGGCGCUGGGGCCCGCCGAGGCCUGGACUUGACUACUCAGAGCUGAGAGCAAUGAACUGGAAAGCAGAUCGCCUCCUGGCCUUUUAUUAUUGGAUUUCCAAAGCCCCUCUCCUUGACCGCAGCCAGAGCCGGCAGGAAACACAGCCCAGAGGAACAAAGAGAAACUGGGCAGUCUGGACACUCUGUGCUAGGACUGCCCCGAAGGAUAGCGGUGUCCUUCAGAGACCAGGAGACCAGCUCUAGCCCCAGCAGUUGUUGGCAGGAUGCAGAGGAGACACCUCUAACCCACCACUGGCACUCCAGCCUUGGACAAACCUGGAGAAACCCUGUAAAACCACAGCUUAGGAAGAAAGAAAGAAAGAAAGAAAGAAAGAAAGAAAGAAAGAAAGAAAGAAAGAAAGAAAGAAAGAAAAGCCAGCCAGC